AUGUCCCCAUUGGAGUCUCUCCCUAGGGAGCUCUGGGAUAUGAUUUUAGAUCAUGUCAUUCUAUCGGCCUCAAUAGAACUCAACGGUCUCGGUGGAGAACUCAUCAACCUCCACGGAAUCGCCGGUCUCACUUCAGCAUCGAAAACCCUCCAACAUGCCGUAUGGAGCUACUUUGCCCGGAAACCCUUCAAGCCACUGAUCCCUGGCGUGAAGUCCUUCGCCCAUUAUCUAGCCGACCGUGCCUUUGGGGAUAGUGUUCUCCCCUUCUCCAUUGCGAUUGGGACUCUGUUGAAGCCCUCGUCUCCAGCAGAUCAUCCCACACUCCCUAACCACAUUGCCACCGAGCUGAUCGAGACCAUGAUGAAAGCGCUCCUGUUCUCUCGGGCACGGAAAGCUGAGACGCAGAAUCCUUGUUCCACGCCGCCAACUGGUCCAUGGGAUUACUCGCUGGAGCCCAUGUCUCGCAAAGUCGUGGAGUACUCCCCGGCCUGGGUGGAGCUGGUCCUGGUGGUCAAAUGUCAGAUGGUGGCUUUUUACUUGGAUCCUGCAUGGUUUGACACCUUGACGUGGCGGGAAAUCCACCGGGAGAUGAUUCGUCAAAAGAUGCAGAAGAUGAUCGCGGCUAUCACAUACAAGGAGACGCUUAUGCAGUCUCAGAGAUUACAAAGAAGACUUGCUCCCAAGGGAGAUUAUGUUGAUGGGAAACGGGUGGUGGUUCAUCACGGGCGUUGGGUGAGCAAGUAG